GGCUCGCUGGCUCUGCAUCCCGAGCCCUGGCGGGGCUGUGAGCAGCGAGGAGCGCUCGCGGGAGCGGCCGGUCGGUCGGGUCCCCGCGCCCCGCACGCCCAGCCGGGCCCGCAGCGAGCAUGGGCGCGGCGGCCGUGCGCUGGCACUUGUGCGUGCUGCUCGCGCUGGGUGCGCGCGGGCGGCUGGCGGGGGGCAGCGGGCUCCCAGGGGCAGUCGACGUGGACGAGUGCUCCGAGGGCACGGAUGACUGCCACAUCGACGCCAUCUGUCAGAACACGCCUAAGUCCUACAAAUGCCUCUGCAAGCCGGGCUACAAGGGGGAAGGGAGGCAGUGUGAAGACAUUGACGAGUGUGAGAAUGACUACUACAACGGGGGCUGUGUCCACGAGUGCAUCAACAUCCCAGGGAACUACAGGUGCACCUGCUUUGAUGGCUUCAUGCUGGCACAUGAUGGACACAACUGCCUGGAUGUGGAUGAGUGUCAGGACAACAAUGGUGGCUGCCAACAGAUCUGUGUCAAUGCCAUGGGCAGCUACGAGUGUCAGUGCCACAGUGGCUUCUUCCUCAGUGACAACCAGCACACCUGCAUCCACCGCUCCAAUGAGGGUAUGAACUGCAUGAACAAAGACCAUGGCUGUGCCCACAUCUGCCGGGAGACGCCCAAAGGUGGGGUGGCCUGCGACUGCAGGCCCGGCUUUGACCUUGCCCAAAACCAGAAGGACUGCACACUAACCUGUAACUAUGGAAACGGAGGCUGCCAGCACAGCUGCGAGGACACGGACACGGGCCCCAUGUGUGGCUGCCACCAGAAGUAUGCCCUCCACUCAGACGGUCGGACAUGCAUCGAGAAGGAUGAGGCUGCAAUUGAGCGCUCUCAGUUCAAUGCCACGUCAGUAGCUGAUGUGGACAAGCGGGUGAAACGGCGGCUACUCAUGGAGACAUGUGCAGUAAAUAACGGAGGCUGCGACCGGACGUGCAAGGACACAGCCACCGGCGUGCGAUGCAGCUGCCCAGUUGGAUUCACGCUGCAGCCGGACGGGAAGACGUGCAAAGACAUCAACGAGUGCCUGGUCAACAACGGAGGCUGCGACCACUUCUGCCGCAACACUGUGGGCAGCUUCGAGUGUGGCUGCCGGAAGGGCUACAAGCUGCUGACGGACGAACGGACGUGCCAAGACAUCGACGAGUGCUCCUUCGAGCGGACCUGUGACCACAUCUGCAUCAACUCCCCCGGCAGCUUCCAGUGCCUGUGUCACCACGGCUACACGCUCUACGGGACAACCCACUGCGGAGAUGUGGAUGAGUGCAGCAUGAACAACGGGAGCUGCGACCAGGGCUGCAUCAACACCAAGGGCAGCUACGAGUGCAUCUGCCCCCCAGGGCGGCGGCUCCACUGGAACAGGAAGGACUGUGUGGAGACGGGCAAGUGCCUUUCUCGGGCCAAGUCCUUGCCCCAGGCCCAGCUAUCCUGCAGCAAGGCGGGUGGUGUGGAGAGCUGCUUCCUUUCCUGCCCAGGCCACACGCUCUUCAUGCCAGACUCGGAAAACAGCUACACCCUGAGCUGCGGCGUUCCAGGCCUCCAGGGCAGGAUGCUACAGAAGCGCAACGGCACCAGCUCUGGCCCCGGGCCCGGCUGCUCAGAUGCCCCUGUCACUACCAUCAAGCAGAAGGCCCGCUUCAAGAUCAGAGAUGCCAAAUGUCACCUCUGGCCCCAUAGCCGGGAGCGAACAAAGGAGACCCCAAGGCAACCGCUGCUGGACAACUGCCACGUGACUUUUGUGACCCUCAAGUGCGACUCCUCCAAGAAGAAGCGCCGUGGCCGCAAGUCCCCUUCCAAAGAGGUGUCCCACAUCACGGCAGAGUUUGAGGUUGAGACGAAGAUGGAAGAGGCCUCAGACACCUGCGAAGCAGACUGCGUGCGGAAGCGGGUGGAGCAGAGCCUGCAGGCUGCCGUCAAGACCCUGCGGAAGUCCAUCGGCCGGCAGCAGUUCUACGUCCAGGUCUCAGGCACUGAUUAUGAGGUAGCCCAGCGGCCGGCCAAGGCCCUGGAGGGACCGGGGAUGUGCAGCACAGGCCAGGUGCUGCAGGACAGCAAAUGUGGGGCCUGCGGGCCUGGCACCUACUUCAGUGGCGAGCUCAGCCAGUGUGUGCCGUGCGUGCCGGGGACCUACCAGGAUGUGGAAGGCCAGCUCAGUUGCACCCCGUGCCCCAGCAGCGACGGGCUUGGUCUGGCAGGUGCCCGCAACGUGUCUGAAUGUGGAGGCCAGUGCUCUCCAGGCUCCUUCUCAGUGGACGGCUUCAAGCCCUGCCAGGCCUGCCCUGUGGGCACGUACCAGCCCGAGCCCGGGCGCACCAGCUGCUUCCCCUGUGGCGGGGGGCUGCUCACCAAGCACGAGGGCACCGCCUCCUUCCAGGACUGUGAAGCCAAAGUGCACUGCUCGCCUGGCCACCACUACAACACGUCCACCCACCGGUGCAUCCGCUGCCCUGUCGGGACCUACCAGCCUGAGUUUGGCCAGAACCACUGCUCACCCCUGUCCAGGCACACAAGCACGGACUUCGAUGGCUCCACCACGUCGGCACUGCAAAAACCAGCAUGCGGUGGUGAGCUUGGUGACUACACAGGCUACAUCGAGUCCCCAACCGGCGACUACCCAGCCAAUGCGGUGCGUGUGGCACAUUGCGCCCCACCCAAGCGCAGGAUCCUCAUAGUGGUCCCGAGAUCUUCCUGCCAUCGAGGAUGA